AUCAACAAAAUAUCUCAUAAACCGCAUACACUGCAACGCUACUCCAACGGCCCAUUAGCGAAGUACCAAAAUAUCUCAUAACAGUUAUCCAUACCCAAAACCGCAAUAGCGACAAAAAUCACACAUUAGAGGAGCGAGAGAGAGAACAGAAAGCAAAUCAAGAAUGGAGAAGGAGAGAGAGCAGCAGGUUUACUCGGCGAGACUUGCAGAGCAAGCUGAGAGAUACGAUGAGAUGGUAGAAGCAAUGAACAAAGUUGCAAGGUUGGAUGUGGAGUUGACAGUGGAGGAGAGGAAUCUGGUGUCUGUGGGUUACAAGAAUGUCAUUGGCGCAAGAAGAGCAUCAUGGAGAAUACUAUCUUCCAUUGAACAGAAGGAGGAGGCCAAGGGGAAUGAACAGAAUGUGAAGAGGAUAAAGCAGUACAGGCAGAGGGUUGAAGAUGAACUUGCAAAGAUCUGCAAUGAUAUAUUAUCAGUCAUUGAUCAGCAUCUCAUCCCAUCCUCCUCAACUGGGGAAUCAACUGUCUUUUACUAUAAGAUGAAGGGAGACUAUUAUCGUUAUUUAGCUGAAUUUAGAAGUGCUGAUGAACGUAAAGAAGCUGCAGAUCAGUCCCUUAAGUCUUAUGAGGCAGCAACCUCUACUGCUAUCUCAGAUCUGCCUCCUACCCAUCCAAUUAGACUUGGCCUGGCACUCAACUUUUCCGUUUUCUACUAUGAGAUUUUGAACUCCCCUGAAAGGGCCUGCCACCUGGCUAAACAAGCAUUUGACGAUGCUAUCGCAGAACUUGAUAGUCUCAAUGAGGAAUCUUACAAGGACAGUACCCUUAUCAUGCAACUACUCAGGGACAAUCUCACUUUAUGGACCUCAGAUCUGUCUGAGGAAGGAGGCGAGCACUCUACAGCUGUUGAACCCAGGGCAGAGGUAAAGCAAAACUGAGCUUUUAUAAUCUCUGUGUGUGUGUGUGUGUGUGUGUGUGUGUGUGUGUGUGUUUGUGUUGUUCAGAAUCUAAACAUGCAUGCCUGCACCCAGGCACACCUGCAUACCUAUGAAAUAUACUCAUAGCAUGUAAAGUGUAUUCCUGGGGCCUUAUUUAUGUUUCUUAUUUUCUCCGUUUAUGCUCAUCGGAAUUAAUUUUGCAGAAAUAGUCAGGAUCGUGGAGAUCAAAUCUUUUAAAAUGCCAGAAUGACUCCUUCAGUGGUAGUACAGGGAAUGGUGGACCGUUGGCUUGUAUCUAUUUGCUGAACAGAUGUUUUAAGACUGUUAUGCCUUCUUUUCUCUUAGAACACUUGCAAGUGGAAUGAUUGUGGUUUGCUUUUAAAUUCACAGCUUUUAACAAAUUUACACAUUCUGUUUA